CGACGUGUCCUGGCUUUGGUCAGACAGUUUUUGUUGGACAGUGUGAAAACCAGGUCUCAAAAUUCAUUUCCCGCUGAUGUCCUACGGCAGUGAGACGCCGCACAUUUGGAGUAGCUCGUCUGGAAGCGAGGUCUCUCCAUACGGCCCUUUGUGGGACGCUCCUCCAGCGCCAGUACCAUAUCCAGACAUCCUGGCGUUUCCACCUGCCGACCUAGUUUGGUCGGCGGCAGGAUGUGGAAGGGGACCUCGGUCGACUUCAAGCGGGAAAAAGGUCCGCCGCCGGGUUGCAUCCGUCGCACAGCGGCGCGCCGCAAAUAUUCGUGAACGUAGACGAAUGUUUAAUCUCAAUGAAGCGUUUGACAAGCUAAGACGAAAGGUACCAACUUUCGCGUACGAGAAACGUCUUUCCCGCAUCGAGACGUUGCGCCUGGCUAUUACCUACAUCAGUUUCAUGUGUGAGCUACUUCAUGGAUCACCACAACCUCAUCACACCUCCCACCCCACAUUACAUUCAAGACAAAUCUUCGAGAACGAUGUACCAUGGUGCGCAUAG